AACCAUGGCAGUCUUCAAAGUGAGUUUCUUAGGUCUUGUGGUGGUGGUGAUGGCAUUGUUCUCAGCCAGUACUCUGUCCCUAGCUCACCCCGCCGGUUUCAACUUCGGGUGGGGAUCCGGGUGGGGCAGUGAACCUAGUAGGGGUCAUGGUGGAUAUGCACCAGCUGGCGGGUCUUUUGGUCUUUUUCCGCAAUUCUAUCAGUUCUCAUGCCCUCAAGCUAAUGACAUUGUCAUCUCUGUUUUACAGCAGGCCAUUGCGAGGGAGCCCAGGGUGGCUGCCUCUUUGCUUAGGCUUCACUUCCAUGACUGCUUUGUUCAGGGCUGUGAUGCGUCGGUGCUAUUGGACGACAGCACGACGAUAGCCAGCGAAAAGAGGUCGGGUCCAAACAGGAAUUCGCUGAGAGGAUUUGAAGUGAUAGAUGAGAUCAAGGCCAAGUUGGAAGAAGCAUGUCCCCAAACUGUCUCUUGUGCUGACAUUCUUGCUCUGGCUGCAAGGGGGUCCAUUGUUCUAAGCGGUGGGCCUAAUUGGGAUUUACCACUAGGAAGGAGAGACUCAAGAACUGCUAGCCUGAGUGGCUCAAACAGCAACAUCCCCGCACCAAACUCAACUCUCUCAACCCUCUUAACCUUCUUCAAGCGUCAAGGCCUCGACGAAGUAGACCUAGUUGCACUCUCAGGAGGGCAUACCAUUGGGGUUGCGAGGUGCGUGACGUUCAAGCAGAGGCUGUACAACCAAAAGGGCAACAACCAACCAGACGAGACUCUAGAGAGAAACUACUACUUUGGUUUGAAAUCAGUUUGCCCAAGAUCAGGUGGUGACAAUAACAUUAGCCCCUUGGACUUUGCAUCCCCUGCCAAAUUUGACAACGCCUACUUCAAGCUCAUUCUCUUUGGUAAAGGCCUUCUGACUUCAGACCAAGUGCUUCUCACUGGCAAUGGCAUUGGCAAUGCAGGGAAGACCAUGGAGCUGGUCAAAACCUAUGCAGAUGAUGAGAGCCUCUUCUUUCAGCAGUUUGCCAAGUCAAUGGUUAAGAUGGGGAACAUCAGGCCUCUCACUGGAUCCAAGGGUGAAGUUAGAAACAAUUGCCGCCGACUUAAUUAAUAAACUGCUUUAACUUCUAUAUGCUUAAUCCAAAGAGUGUUUGUUUGGUUUA